AGAGGUUUAUCCCUUAUGUCUGAUGAUUCCUUUUACAAGGCGGUUCAAGUGAAGCAUGCCACCAAGGAAGACCUCCAGCACCAGCUCAUGCACACCACCUGGCAGCUUGAAUGUAAUAGGAGGGAAAAAUCCUUCCUCAAAUCUCUCCAGCAAGAACAGGAAGGUGAAUUCAAGAUAGUGGAGACCAAAAUGGAGAUAUUCAGGGAUUUUAUGACUGCUUGGGGGCUCCCAGCCUUGCAA